GCCCUCGCUUUCCUCUCCGUGUCCUCCCCCCACCACCCCCCAAAUCCCAAUCCCUAACAACCCCACCCUUCUGUACCGUCUCCUACCCAGGCUGCGCCAACCCACCCACACCCUCGCCCGAGGAAGGGAUCCAGAUCCAGCCCUACUCCCCGCUAUCUCGCCUCACCCCACCCUUUCCCCCAUUCGCCUCGCUUCCAAUCCAUCCGUCUCCAGCCAGCAGGCGCGCCAUGGCCACCCCGACCCCGACCCCGACCCCAACCCUCCACAUCAAGUCGGCCGCUCGCAAACUCCCCAUCAAGCGAAAGCCCUCUUCUGACCCCAACCCCACCCACGACUCCGUCCCCCUCGCCCCCAAGCUCGAACCCGAUGCCCCCCUCCCCGCCCUCCCCUCCGACAACGGCUACGACUACGACGACGACGACGACGAUGACGCCGAAGACGACGAUGAAUCCGAAUACGGACCGGCCUCCUCCGCGGCCGGCGUCGAAGGCGGCCCCGGGGGCGCUGCGGCAGCCGGCGAUCUGCGCUCCCCUCCCUUCAAGUUCCACCGGAUUUGGUCCGAGUCCGACGAGAUCCGCUUCCUUCAGGGCCUCCUCGGUUGCUGGUCCCAGGGCAUGGUCUUCCCUCGCGACCUGAAUCUUUUCUAUGAUCGUUUCUCGGAGUCGAUGCCCCAGCCGUACACCCGAUCCCAGCUCUCCGAGAAGCUCCGCCGUCUCCGCAAGAAGUUCCGUAUCAUGUCCGGCCGCAUCGCCCGCGGCCAGGACCCUUCCCGCCUCGCUCCGCAUGACCGCGACCUCCUCCACCUCUGCACCCGCCUCUGGCACCCUUCCUACGCCUCCUCCUCUCCCUUCUCCGCUCCCGAUGCCGCCGCCCCCGGCAGCGGAGGCAACAAGCGCCGCCGCCCCAACCCCCGCGCCCCAUCCGGCCGUUCCCGCGCCGAGGCUCCCCCUACCCCCCAGCUUUCACUCCCUCCCCCUCCCCCGCCCGCCCUUCCCUCCCUCCCCGCGCCUCCCACUCCCCCGCGCGCCCUCCCCGCCGAAGCCACGCCUCCCCCUCCCCCUCCCCUUCCCCUUUCCGUCCCCUCUGCCAACAAAAAGAGCCACUUUGACGAUGCAAAUCUGGUCGAUGUUCACCCUGUGCUCGUAAAGGAGGAGCCUUUGCCGACAAACAGCGAUGUUUCUGGCAAGGAGGGGCCUGGACAUCUGGUGGCGAGAACCAUCUUGGAUGUGUUUGAUGGGUGCCUGAAGGAGCUGCAGGCGACUCUGGCCCAGCAGGGGCUGCAUGACCGCCCGGACUGCGAUUUGACGUCUGUUUCUGAAGAGAGCGAGUUGUUGAGGAGGUGGCGGGAGCAGCGGGUUGCGGAGAUGGACGUCCUGGCCCGGCGCUUGAGGUUGGUUCUUGAGAAUGCGGUCAGGAACUGAACUGAGAGGAUGGGUCGGUCGUUUUAUUAGUAUUUAUUUGAACUUUCGUCAUAUUUUAUUUCCCGUUUUUGUCUUGGGGUUCUGUACAUCGUUCUACCUAUGGAUGUAGUUUGUUUAUUUUCAUGCUUUGUUAGCAUAAGCCUAGUUUUGAUGAUUUUAUAGCAAGUUAAUGAUGAUCUCCGCUGAUGACAGUGAACUGAGUGAUAUAGUCAUUGUUUAGUUACUUGUUCUUCAUUCUUGUGAAUGCUUGGCUUUCUGGUGUCAAUAUUGAUCACUUCUUUUUA